AUGGCUCGUUCAGUUCUUCCAAGCCAACAAAAAUUAGCCGAAAAACUUAUUAUUCUCAAUGACCGAGGUGUGGGAAUGCUAACUCGUAUUUAUAAUAUUAAAAAAGCUUGUGGUGAUGCUAAAUCUAAACCAGCUUUUUUAUCUGAUAAAACACUCGAAUCAUCUAUUAAAUUAAUCGUCCGAAAAUUUCCGAACAUUGAUAUUAAAGGACUUCAAACUAUCACAAAUUUAAGAAAUGAAAUCAUAAAAUCAUUGUCCUUAUAUUAUUACACAUUUGUUGAUUUGUUAGAUUUCAAAGAUAAUGUUAGUGAAUUAUUAACAACGAUGGAUGCCUGUGGUGUAAUCAUGGAUAUCACUCUUAAUUUUGACCUAACAAAAGCAUAUUUAGAUUUAACGGUCAUUUACACAACUCUUAUGAUUUUACUUUCUAAAGUAGAAGAUCGCAAAGCAGUAUUAGGUCUUUUUAAUGCAGCUCAUGAAAUGGUUCAUAAUCAAUCAGAUCAUAGUUUUCCAAGAUUAGGUCAGAUGAUUAUGGAUUAUGAUGCACCGCUUAAAAAACUCUCUGAAGAAUUCAUUCCGCAUUCAAAAUUAUUAAUAAAUGCUUUAAACUCGCUUUGGAUCAUUUAUCCAAGUAGAAAUUUGUCUGCUGACAAUUGGAGAGCAGAUCAAAAAUUAAGCUUAAUCGGAAGUCCAGUGCAAAUAUUAAAGCCUGCAGCUACUGAUAUGAUGUCUUGUGAAACAUUAAGCCUCGAUAAAAUCGAAAAGUGGAUUAUACUAGGCUUUACAUUGUGUCAUUCAGUUUUAAAUCAAGAGCAACAAAAUAAAUUGUGGGUUACUGCUCUUGAAUCUAGAUGGGUCUUAGCACUGUUUCGCGAUGAAGUUAUAUAUAUUCAUCAAUAUAUUCAGUUAUUUUUUGAAACAAUUAAAGGUUAUGGCAAAAGGAUUUCAGAAAUAAAAGAAUGUUAUAACCAGGCGAUUCAAAAAUCCAGCUACCGGCACAGAGAAAGGCGAAAAUUUCUAAGGACUGCUCUAAAAGAAUUAGGGUUAAUAUUGACCGAUCAACCAGGCCUUUUAGGUCCUAAAGCAUUAUUAGUAUUCAUGGGAUUAUCUCAUGCAAGAGAUGAAAUUUUAUGGGUUUUAAGACAUGGAGAUAACCCACCGAAUCAAGGGAAAGCAAAAGGGCGUGGAAACGAAGAUUUAGUAGACAGACAACUUCCAGAACUUCUGUUUCAUUGUGAAGAGUUACGAGCUCUCGUCCGAAAAUAUUCUCAAGUUCUCCAACGUUAUUAUGUUCAGUUUUUAGCUACUUUUGAUGCUCCCGCACUUCAUCAAAUUAUUCAAAAUCUGCCAAUUUGUCCAGAAGAAGAAGGAGCUAUUCUAAGUGAUUUGUGUUCGUUGAUAGCUAAUGUAUCGAUAAAACAAGUUGAAGAUAAUGAUUUAUUCGAUUUUCGUCCAUUAAGACUUGAUUGGAUUAGAUUGCAAGCAUAUAUGUCCGUUAAUAAGUGUAAUAUAAAUCUUGCAGAUAAUCGUGAGUUAGCAUCUUUUAUGGAUGCCAUAAUUUUUCAUACAAAAAUGAUUGAUAAUCUUGAUGAAAUGCUUAUUGAAACUUCAGAUCUUUCCAUUUUUUGCUUCUACAGUAAAAUUUUUGAAGAUCAGUUCCACAUGUGUCUCGAAUUCCCAGCUCAAAAUAGAUAUAUCGUUGCUUUUCCACUUAUUUGUAGUCAUUUCCAAAGUUGUACUCAUGAGCUGUGUCCUGAAGAACGUCAUCAUAUUCGAGAGCGAAGUCUUUCAGUAGUUAAUAUGUUUCUUGACGAAAUGGCAAAAGAAGCUAAAAAUAUCAUUACCACUAUUUGUGAUGAACAAUGUAAUAUGAGUGACAAACUCUUACCGAAACACUGUGCUCAGUUGAUUUCACAAGUUGUGAAUCGUAAAAAAAAAGACAAAAGUAAAAAAAAUAUUUAUGAAAUUCACAAACCCGGAUUAGAAAGUUACAGAAAAACUCGAGAAGAACUUACGACCAUGGAUAAAUUGCAUAUGGCACUGACUGAACUUUGUUACGCAAUCAAUUUUUGUCCUACAAUCAAUGUUUGGGAAUACACAUUUGCACCAAGAGAGUAUAUGAAUCAACAUCUUGAAACAAGAUUUUCUAGAGCUCUAGUUGGAAUGGUUAUGUUUAAUCCAGACGCUAAUGAAAUAGCAAAACCAUCUGAACUGUUUGUGAGUGUUCGAGCAUAUAUGAACGUACUUCAAACAGUUGAAAAUUAUGUUCAUAUUGAUAUAACUAGAGUCUUUAAUAACGCACUCCUUCAACAAACUCAAGCAUUAGACAGUCACGGUGAUAAAACUAUCGCUGCCCUGUAUACACAAUGGUAUUCUGAAGUUUUAUUAAGGCGGGUUAGUGCUGGAAAUAUAUGUUAUUCAUCUAAUCAACGAGCCUUCGUAAGCUUGUCAGUAGAAGGCUCAAUACCAUUCAACGCAGAAGAAUUUUCAGAUAUAAAUGAGUUAAGAGCUUUGACCGAGCUUAUUGGUCCAUAUGGGAUGAAAAUGCUCAAUGAAACACUCAUGUGGCAUAUUUCUAGUCAAGUGCAAGAACUAAAAAAACUUGUUGCUAGUAAUAAAGAAGUUCUUAUAGCUUUAAGAACUAAUUUUGACAAGCCUGAAAUUAUGAAGGAGCAAUUCAAACGGCUACAACAUGUUGAAAAUGUUCUUCAACGAGUUACAAUAAUUGGUGUCAUUCUUAGUUUUAGACAGCUCGCACAAGCUGCUUUGGUUGAUGUUUUAGAAGAACGUAUACCAUUUCUCUUGAGUUCAAUCCUAGAUUUUAGACAUCAUUUACCAUCAGGCGAUCCGAUGCGUUUAGUUUCUGAAAUGACUUCAGCUGCCGGCUUAAUGUGUAAAGUCGAUCCGACACUCACCAAUGCACUUAAGAUCCAAAAAACAGAAGUAGAUGAAGAUGAGCACUUACUAGUUUGUCUUUUAAUGGUUUUUGUGGCGGUAUCUAUUCCAAAACUAGCUCGUAAUGAAAAUUCAUUUUAUCGUGCAUCGUUAGAAGGACAUUCAAAUAAUAUACAUUGCAUUGCUACCGCUAUUAACAAUAUAUUUGGUGCACUUUUUACAAUAUGUGGUCAAAAUGAUAUUGAAGAUAGAAUGAAAGAAUUUCUAGCGUUGGCUUCAUCCAGUUUACUCAGACUCGGUCAAGAAGUCGAUAAAGAAACUAUAAAAAACAGGGAGUCUAUUUAUUUGUUACUUGAUGAAAUCGUUCAGGAGUCACCAUUUUUAACGAUGGAUCUUCUCGAAAGUUGUUUCCCUUAUGCGCUCAUACGAAAUGCAUACCAUGAUGUAUAUAAAUUAGAACAUAAUCAGAUGUAA